AGAGAAGGCAAAGUCACACGUGUGAUUGGGAUUGUUCACCAUGAAGAUGUCAAAGAACUAUACUGCUGGUUUUGUUGUCAGCCCCAUGGAAAGAUAUAUGUAUCAAAAGCAAAAAUAGAUGUUCACUCGGACAGAUUUGGAUUCCCGUAUGGUGCAGCAGAUAUAGUUAGCUUGGAACCUGGAAACUGUGAUCCAACACAUGUAUCAAUUCAUCAGUCUCCACAUGGAGAUAUUGACCAGCUAUCAAGGUUUGAAAUAAAAAACCGCAAAGCAGAGCCUUUCUCUGCUGACUUCACGGUAUGCAUCUCUGCCAUGUUUGGGAAUUACAACAAUGUCUUACAGUUUAUACAGAGUAUGGAAAUGUACAAGAUUCUUGGGGUACAGAAAGUGGUGAUCUACAAGAACAACUGCAGCCAGAUGAUGGAGAAAGUCCUGAAGUUUUAUUUGGAAGAAGGAACUGUAGAGAUAAUUCCGUGGCCAAUAAACUCAUAUCUCAAGGUUUCUCCUAAAUGGCGCUUCAUGCAAGAUGAAACACACAUAGGCUACUAUGGACAAAUCACAGCUCUAAACGACUGUAUAUACCGCAACAUGCAGAGGAGCAGGUUUGUGGUUCUUAAUGAUGCUGAUGAAAUAAUUCUUCCCCUAAAGCACUCAGACUGGAAAACGAUGAUGAGCAGUCUUCAGGAGCAAAAUCCAGGAACUGGUGUUUUCCUCUUUGAGAACCAUAUCUUUCCUGAAACCAUAACCACUCCCAUGUUCAACAUUUCAUCUUGGAAUGCUGUGCCAGGUAUUAACAUACUACAGCAUGUUCACAGAGAGCCUGACAGGAAAGAGGUAAUCAAUCCCAAGAAAAUGAUAGUUGAUCCAAGAAAGGUGAUUCAGACUUCAGUCCACUCUGUCCUGCAUGCUUAUGGGACCAGUGUGAAUGUUCCAACAGAUGUUGCCCUUGUUUAUCACUGCCGCGUGCCCCUUCAAAGUAACCUUCCCAGAGAAUCUCUCAUCAGGGAUACGACAUUGUGGAGAUAUAACUCAUCGUUAAUCAUGAAUGUUAACAAAGUUCUCUAUCAGACAGUACUGUAAGCUCAAAAGAGAAACGUUGUCUGCAAAAAGCAAAAGUGGGAAGUUUCCUGCGCCC